AUGGCUCAAAAUGCUACUACCGAUCCAUCUGAAGGCAUGAUGCUUGUGGUUUGUAGGUUGUUGGGUACCUUAACAGCAAGCAGGCGGCAACUGUUUAAAAGAAUGAUUUGGGAAGCAAUGAACAAGGACUAUGAUAAGGGAAAGAGUAGAAAACGAGCCAGAAUGUACAAGAAAGGUGCUCCUGGUAAAAAGCCAGAAAAGGCUGUCAAAGUUUCUACUGUGAUGGAUACUAAGAAUGGGCUGCGUUCAAAAAUCAACUAUGAUGCUUUGGAUAAAUUAAAUGAAGAGCUUUUCCUAGUUAGAAAUCCUGGUAAUGUUUUAGAGAAUGGUGUCUUUCUGCGAAACAGUUUUGAAGGCAGCCAUGAUGAUGAUGAUUUUGAGCAUGAAAGUAAUGGAUACAGUGAAGAGGCUGAAGCCAGACAAGGCCAUGAUGAUGAUACAUAUGUUGCAAAUGACGAAUAUAAUGGAUGCAACUACGAUGACGAAUACAAUUACAAUGUGGAAUGCGAUUUUGACGAAUUAUGA